AUGGGAGCAGUGACCUAUUCCUUGAAUUGCCUGCGUUGUAUAUCAGAGAACAAAGUGGCCGUUCUUCUAUUGGCUGGAGGUCAAGGGACACGACUGGGUGUAUCAUAUCCAAAAGGCAUGUAUGAUGUGGGCCUCCCCUCUCGCAAAACCCUCUUUCAGAUCCAGGCGGAACGCAUCAGAAAACUGGAACAGCUCGCUGAAAAACAGCACACAAGGAAGUGCUGUAUUCCAUGGUACAUUAUGACAAGUGGCAGAACAAUGGACAUGACCAAAGAGUUCUUCAUACGACACAAAUACUUCGGCCUGAAGGAAGAGAAUGUGUUUUUCUUUCAGCAAGGCAUGCUUCCCGCUGUGGACUUUAAUGGGAAAAUUAUUCUAGAGGGCAAAGGCAAACUGGCCAUGGCACCAGAUGGAAACGGGGGCCUGUACAGAGCUCUGGGGACACCGAACAUUAUGAAGGACAUGGAGACAAGAGGAAUCUCCUGCAUCCACGUCUACUGCGUAGACAACAUUCUUGUGAAAGUGGCUGACCCUGCUUUCAUUGGUUUCUGUACACUGAAAGGAGCCGAUUGUGGUGCAAAGGUUGUGGAGAAGACCAAUCCAACAGAGGCAGUGGGUGUGGUCUGUAAGGUGGAUGGGCGUUAUCAAGUAGUGGAGUACAGUGAGAUUACCUUGGAAACGGCAGAGAAGCGAAGUGCAGAUGGACGACUUCUGUUCAAUGCCGGCAACAUAGCUAAUCACUUCUUCACUCUCACAUUCCUCAAAGAGAUCGUGAGGAUUCACGAGCCUCAGUUGCAACACCAUGUGGCACAGAAGAAAAUUCCCUAUGUGAACACAAAAGGACAGCUAAUCAAACCUGACAAGCCCAAUGGGAUUAAGAUGGAAAAAUUUGUCUUUGACAUAUUCCAGUUUGCCAAAACGUUUGUGGUAUAUGAAGUUCUGAGAGAAGACGAGUUUUCUCCGUUGAAAAAUGCAGACAGUCAGGAUGGGAAGGACAACCCCACGACAGCCCGUCAAGCUCUCAUGUCCCUGCAUCACCGCUGGAUCUUAAAUGCAGGAGGACAUUUCGUUGAUGAGAAUGGAAUGCGUAUACCUGCUAUACCUAGACAUGGACCAGCAGGGACAGUUACACCUGAAGUCAGCCAGAACUUGAAGGAUGGAACAGACCUGCCAAUCAAAUGUGAGAUCUCUCCUCUUGUGUCUUAUGGUGGUGAGGGGUUGGAGCAUCUUGUGAAUGGACAAGCUUUCCAGCCCACUCUGGUCAUCGAUGAGAACGGUGUCCACGAGCUUGUGAAGAACGGCCUGUGAACCUCGAGCCAGCUGCGGCAUUGAAACCAGAAUGAAGACUCUUUAUCUCUUGCCAGGGUGGCGGAAACCGUGAAAUUCUUGUGCAAUAAAAUGAAGGAAGGGUGCCAGAAGGCCAAUCACAAUCAAAUAAUUUUUUAAUCAAACUAUUUAUUUUGCGAAGACUUAUUUUUAUAUCAAUGUGCAGUGGGUUUUUUUUUCUUUUCUUUUUUUUCUAGAAUUGGAACUGAUGAAUUUAGCCAUUUAAUUUAUAUAUAGAUGUAUCAAAUGAUACGCAAUGCUGUAGAUUGCAUGAAUGGAAAGGACACUGCUAAGAUUUUAGGCAUUCCUGCUUAAUCUGUUCCACUCUCUGAAAAUGUAGAUGCAUGUAAAACAAAGUUUGGUCUUCUCUAUGGAUGUCUGUUUUUGACAGGUAUGUUUUUCGUCCAGAAAAAGUGAGUGAGAAUGUGACAUUGCAUCAGACUUUCCAGCACAGGGUUUAAGGGAGAGGUUCUGAUUGGUUGGAAUCUGUUGCUGCCACUUACAGUGCUUCAGAAAGUGUGCACUUUGAGACACCUUCUCUCUCUUUUACAUUCUUCCUAUCUCACUUUUCCGAUUAGCCUUUGUCUGCACCGUUUUGGUUAGUUUGUGCAUCCAUGUAUAAAAUAAUUGAUCUGAAUGAAUGGUUGAUUUGUUUGUUUACCUUAAUUUCUGUAUACUAUUCUCAGUAACCAUUUGUAGGAAUUCCUUGACAAAUGCUUCCUGGUUUCAAGCAUGUGAUUAGUAUAAACGGGCACCCUUCAAGAUCUUUUUUAAGCAUGGUAUUUUUUUUUCUUCCUAUUCGGGUAAAUUGAAUUGGCAAUGAAAAUAUCAGUUCCUGCCACUUAAUUUGGUGACUUCUGAGAGGUUUUCAUUGUACCCUAAUACAAAAAAA